UAUUUGUAUGAAUGUUUUUCAUGAUAUUUUAUUCAUAAAAUGAUUGCUCCUACUUACCAGAACCGGAAAUAGCAUUGUUUACCUCAACAACUGAGUAAGUGACUCAGUAAAGUUUCUAAGACUCAAGCAACUCAAAAGAUAUGACAGCAGAAAGAAUUGAUAUGACAGAGGAAUUGGAUUCGCCUCUUGAGAAAUUCGACAUUUUUAAAGAUUCGUCCAAACCAGUUAGGCUGUCAUUGCACCUAAUAGUGAAGAGAAAUCUACCCCCAGAAGCAGAAAAGUGGUCUCAGGAAGAAAUUGUCAAUGCAUUGAAUGAAAUUACACAUCUACGAUUAGACAGAGAAAAUAUAUAUGAAAUAGACAGUUUGGAACUACUGGGUGAUAAAGUUAAAAAUGUUUAUCUUCAACAGAAUAGUAUACAGAAAAUCCAGAAUUUAGAAUGUCUCAAGUAUAUAAAGUUUUUAUCACUGGCAGGAAAUUGUAUUGAAGUUGUUGAGAAUCUCCUUGGUUUAAAUCAUUUACGUGUUCUAGAUCUUUCUGAUAACCAGAUACAAAUAUUACAUAUAGAGGAACUUCCAAAUUCAUUGAUUAUUUUAAAUUUAGAGAAUAAUCCAUGUACAGAGAAAACAGGUUAUAGUCAGUACAGAGAAAAAGUAAUCCAACAUUUACCAGAGUUAUUGCAGUUAGAUGGUGAAGAUGUCAGACGACCUGAAGAUGAUGAAGAUGAAGAAACAAUAGAAAGUGACGAUGAAAAACCUGCAUCUUUUAUAUCCUUACAAAGUGAUGAUUCAGAUGAUAUACCGUCCCUUACUUCAGCCAUGUUGAUGAGAUCACAAGAUAGACUGGAAUCUUGUCAAAGACGACACAAAAGACAUACAGCAGAGUUAGAAGAAUUUCGCUUAAAACAUAAAAUUAUAAUUAAAAAAUAGAAUUUUAUUCUAAAAGUUGAAUUUUAAAAUAUUUAUUACAUUUUAACCUGUUAUUGAAUA